UAUUUCUGCGUGCGAGCGGGCUGAGUAAUUGGGAAGAGCAAUUUGCGUUUGCAAAGAGACUGGUUCUCUUCUCUUAAAGGCGCAGGCGGAGCCGUGGGCUGGCAAGAGAGCAGCCGUACUGUCUGUUAUUUUUGUCUGGGAGAAGCUCGAUAGGUACCAUGUGAAAAACAUUUUAAAACGCCAUUUUGCAGGCUUAUUUUCCUUGGAUUCCCCCCCCCCUUUUGCGCUCGAAAGAAGUGGGAGAUCUCAAUGGCUGCCAGGCUUUUGCGAGCGGUUGUCUUGGGACCUCCGGGCUCUGGUAAAGGAACGGUGUGCGAGAGGAUCGCCAAGAGCUUUGGUCUCCAGCAUCUUUCCAGCGGGCAGUUCUUAAGGGAGAACAUCAAGGCAAACACCGAUGUUGGUAUAUUGGCAAAGCAAUAUCUAGAAAGCGGCCUUUUGGUGCCAGAUCAUGUAUUCACACGUGUCAUGAUGACAGAACUGGAAAAAAUGCAGACCCAGCCUUGGUUACUGGAUGGUUUUCCUAGGACUCUGGGUCAGGCUGAAGCACUUGACAAGAUAUGUGAACUGGAUUUGGUGAUAAGCUUGAACAUCCCCUUUGAGACACUAAAAGACCGCCUAAGUGCUCGUUGGAUUCACCCAGCCAGUGGACGAGUAUAUAAUAUGGAAUUUAACCCACCUCGUGUGCAUGGGAUAGAUGACAUUACGAGUGAGCCUUUAAUCCAGCGGGAAGAUGAUAAACCGGAGGCUGUUGCUGUCAGGCUAAGGAAAUACAAAGAUGCUGCAAAGCCUGUAAUGGAGCUGUACAAGAACAGAGGAAUCCUACAUUCGUUCUCUGGGACAGAAACCAACAAAAUCUGGCCUUAUGUAUAUUCUCUGGUGUCCAGCAAGAUUCCUCCAAUCCAGGCAGAAGAAGUAAAUUAACUGUCUCUUGACCAGGAACAAGAGGGAACAACUGUUACGUUUACAGAAGUGUGUGCUGUAUCUGUGCUCUGCCCCCUCCCGUUUUUUCCUUUAGGAAAAUGGCUGUUCUUCCUGGAGAAAUAGCUGUGGGAGUUCAGCUAUAACAUUUUCCUUGAAAGAUGAUGUAUAUGGAUUCAGUUCCCAAGCUAUAAAGUAUUUGUGCAUUCCUCCAUAUUACCUUAGUUGGUUAUGCAGAGACUGAUUUUCUUAAGCAGGUAUAUAGAACCUGUUGGUUCAUUCCAGCCACUAACAGUGGUUCUACAUAUUAAAUGUGCCAUUCCUUGAAUUUUGAAAAAGGUUUUCUUUUUCUAAACACUCCAUGGCAAUUUAAAAUAACCAGCCCUAGUACUUUAAAUAUAGCUAUAAUGUGAUGAGCACUAUGGAAAAUAUGAAUUAUACAGGUCAAAUAAGUGUGCUUGAAUAUUAGUAAAUGGGGAGUUAAAUCAUGGUGGGUUUAGAUGUGUUGGUUCUCAAAGAGAACCACCAUGGAAAAAUAUCUGUUAUAAAAUGCUGCUUAGAAAGAAAGAACUAGGUUUAAACUUGAUGGUGUGACUUCAGGCUAUUAUGUAGGUCGGGGGAUAGUUGUGGCCUAUUUUGGAUCAAGAAAAGUUGCACUACUUGAGAUUUUGGGGUUUUUUUGAUAGCUUUAAUAUUCUGCAAUAGAGUCUGACUGGAUAAAAUCUUUCACUAAAGGCCAAUUUGGCCUCUGCUUUUUGGACAUACAAGUUGUCCCAACUGUCUCCAUGUAAGUGUUCUUAUGAACAAAUGAAACAUAUGAAUCAGAUGAUUGAGGAUGUAGUUCGCAGUACAUUCCCAUGACUGCAAACAGUAGGAUAAAUGUGAUUGUGAAUACUGUGGCAGAUCAUAUCCAUAAUCUUCUUGUUUGCAUGUUUGUCCAUGAUGUGGUCAGUCAGUAUUGGUCACAUAUGUGUACACACUAAAGUAUUGCAUGUAUUUGACCAAAAGCCUUGAUUCAGUUGAUAAAUUGGUGUUGCCACCUUGUAGAAUAUAGCUCCUUUUAUUGCCUUAUUAUUAGGCCCUUUGUUCUUGAAGUGUUACUCUUGAGGCUAAAUUCUUUUAAGCAUGCAGUUAACUUGAGCAUAUUGGCCACAUUCUUGACCAGUUUGGGUCAAAUGCCAAACAAAACCAUUCCAUCUUCUAAAGUAGCAAAUUCAGUUUUUAUGCUGGACUGUUGAAGAACUUUCAUGUCUGUGCUGCAAGAAUCCUUGCAUAUUUCAUAGGAUGCGGGGGAUGCUUUUUUCCUGCAGAAUGUGCCAGUGUGUAGGGAUGAACCCUGCCUAUUGGCUUUGGAGCAAAUGCAAAUGGAGAUCAACCUAAAAUAUGCUAAGUUUUGCUCUGAGAAAGGGCAUUGCAGGGAAGGAUCAGUGGUUAUGGAGUAAUGUAAUAGUAAUGUCUUCCAAGGAAGCUCAUUUUAGGGCUGGUCUAGAUGAUAUAAUUUCCUGUGUUUCAAGUGAUGAUGCGAUGUCUGGAGUGAAUACUUGCCAUGAAGGACGAUUGCUGCAAAUGUUAAUCUCCACUGUAUGGUAUAAAGGAUUUCUUAAAAACCUUUUCUCCCAGAGGUUGGGAGAUUCCAUGGCCUAUAAGUCUGU